AUGAUUGAUUCAGAAAGCGUAAAAAAGAGACAAGACAAAUCAAAAGCAAGUAAGAGAGCGACAAAAAUUGAGAAAAAGUAAAAUUAGUUACAUAAUUAAUAGUAAGAAAUAAAUGUUAAGUAUUAGAAAUUAAAAAUAUACAUUUUAUUUCCUAUUUACCUUAGCCUCCAAAACGUUUUACCAGUCCACAAAUUUAAUCUAGAUACAUUUAAAGAUCGAGGUCAACAUAAUGUAAUUAAAAACUACAAUAGACAUAGACAGCUUGUGA